AUGGGAGCGACGGAGACCUUGCGAAUACUGGAGCAACCAUAUCCUGAUUUGCGACACGACUUGAAUGGCGUCGUGGAUGCGGUUGUCGGCGACGACGAACUGGCAGCAGACGUAGAAGUCACAGAUGACGUCGUGAACACCACUGCGGACAAUGGCGACAAUCUCAUCGACGAAGAGAAACCGGUGAAAGAGCGCAAGGGAUCAGAUGAAGCUCCAGACACUCCCCACGACACCGCUAAAACAUUUAUCACAGCAGAAGUGUUGGAUACUUGA